UCUUAGAGAGACUGCGGCUGCUCCAUCGUAUGCAGAAAUCGCUGUCGGAAGAUUUUGGAAAAGCCAAAAGCUGGCAAGACCUUUGGAAUGAUACGUCUGCGACCGAACAGCCACAAGGUUAUGGAAGAGAGCAGGAGAAUGGCAAGGGCCAUGAGGAGUCAAAGGACUAUUCAGAGCAGAGUGAGGCCAAAGAAGAGUCAGCCAAUGUUCCGACAGCAAAGGUCUAUCAGGAUGCCAGGAUCGAGGAUGCGGAGUCGCACAAGGCUCACGAGAAGAGCAGAAAGAGCAGACCGAAAAAGAAGCGGGAGAAGAAGACCAUCACCAGCGUAUGAAAGGGGUCGAACUUGCCGCCUGGCCAAG